UUGUGUACCGCUCCAGUGCACUCGCGUCCCCUGAUCCAGUCACCGAGGCGCAUGUAGCCUUGGACGUAGAGACCGCUCUAGUGCGCUGCCAAGUGGUGCUGGUGCACUCCGAGAGGUGCAUGCGAAGUCAGGCAGAGGAGACGAACAAUCAUAGAUACGAACAUACGAGUGGAUUCUGCGGCGCGAGAUAUCCAUUUAGUACGACGAAAAGGCGAGCAACCUGGUGGACUUUGCUAACCAAAUUUUACGCUCCUGAAGGUGUAGCACUUCGGCUCCGUCGAGGAGGACCGCGCAACGGAAGGGGGGUGGCGCGCAUUGCCAGCAUGAAGAGUCUGAGGCUGCGUCUGCUGGUGCUGCGAGGUCUGCUCGUCUCUUCUUUUUCCUUCCUCUUCUUUCUUUCCUUUCCUUCCCUCCAGACACUCUCUCACGCUAUCACCUACAAUACACUUGUCUCACACAUAGUCUAGAGGUACUCUACAGCCUUCUUCGACCACUGUCCACUCUCAAUGAAUACUCUAUCAUCCGUUGACCAACAGU